UAACGUAUUAUCUGUUGCGACGUGAUCAAUAAUUAUCUAUCGUAGAAUAAACGUUUAGAUAUGAAAUUAUCACUGAAAUCUUUCAAUGGAAUAGAGAUUUUAGAUAAAUACACUUUUAAAAUACCAAUUAUUUUGAUAUUAACCGUAAUAAUUAUUGCAUCACUUUUAUGAGAAAUAAAUUCGCAAUUAUAUUGACAAUUUAUAUCGUGAAAUGUUAAAGGUUUAUAUUUUAUGUUGUUGUACAAAAAAUUUGUCAAGGCUUAUUUCUACUUAUCAAGAUUGAAGUAAAUGCCACUUCCGGUAAAGGAAAACUGUUGAUGUAGCAGCUUUUAGAAAGAAAUAUUUUCACGUAUUUUAUCAAUGGAAUUUUUGUCAAUGGAAACUUGAGGCAAUUUAUCUUCUCAGUUGCGUGAUUAUACGAUUAUGAUGAAUAAUGUAUUUUCUAUUAUUCUGAAUUUAUUGAUAAAAAAAAUAUUUUUUUAUUAAUGAAUUUAGAAUUUAGAAAAUACAUUAUUUAUCAUAAUUGUAUAAUCACGCAACUGAAAAGAUAAAUUGCUAUUAUUUCACCGUCGCAAGAUUUAUUAUUCUCGAGUAGCAACAAUUUUACGUUUCUAAAGUCUUUUUUGCACAGGUGAGAUAAAAAUGUAAUUAUUAUACGCAAUUCGAAUAUCGCAAAUACAUUUUUUUGUUCGUUAAGUAUUUCAAGUUUAUCGCUAAAAAAACAUUAUGUAAUCUAUGUGAAAAAUUGUUUCUUCAAGCGUAAGGUUAUUUUUGUACGUAGUUAUAUUUCAUAAUAAAAUGCUCAUGGCAGUCACACUGUCAUGUUAAAUGGCGAAUAAUUAUACCUUGGUCAACAUACAACGGAUGUCUCGUAUUAUUUCGGGAAGUUUGGCGUAGCUGCUAAAUUUUAUCGCAAUUGCUCGAAAGAGAUGCCGAUCUUUUAUAUUUAACCCUAGAAUACCACUCAUAUUUUUCUGACAUUAAUAAUACUUUGGGUAAAAAUUCACCAAAACAAUGAAAAAUUUUAUAACAUUUUUUUACGUUCAUCUUAUGGGUUGCAAGGUGAUAAAAUAACUGAACAUUGUUUUAAUGUAAAAUAAAUCAAUUUUUAUAUUUAACAACAUUAAAUGUUAUUAUAAUUUAUUAACUCCUAAAAAAUUAGAUGGGUUUUUUUGUUUUAAAUCUUUGUAAUUCGAGUCUUAAUCAAGCAAAACCGACGUUGUCAGGAAUCGUCUGGACUCUCCUGUCUAAAAUCGAUCAAUACUAUUAUUUAAAUUUCUAAGAAAAAGAUCAUCAAAAAGAUAAUCUCCUGCCAGAGAUUCGUUUAGAAAGCUGAAGUCUCCGACUAAAAAACAAAGAGGUGGUUACAUUUCUUAAAAGAAAGUUUACCAAAUUUAAAGCGUUAUAGUAGUCUUAAAUAUAAUAAUCUUAAAGUUAAAAUAACGUUAAUGCAAUCGGGUGCAAAAAAAUUUUAAUUUAACUUAAUAAACCUAAUCAAAAAAAGCACUUUGAUACUUUUUUUUAAAUACAGACUCGAGAUUCUCUUUCUUUCUUUCUGUGUAGUUUCGCAGAAUACAAGCGAUAAAUCGAGAAUUCGAGACGACUUCGUACUCCUCGCUAAAUGUCAAACAAAGUUAGAAGAGGUAAUUGUGCGUUCGUCUGGCUCAAUCGGAUUUUGUAACUGCUGCGUUUUGAAAUCGUUGCGUUUUCUUCGAUGAUCAGGUUGCGCGCAGAUGAUCUCCUGCUGAGAUUAAAUGCUGCUUCUGCUAAACGGAUUUACGGCGAGACAUUAAUAACGUCAUUGAAUGCCGCGUAAGCGGGUUAAUUGGUAGUUUAUCAGUUGUCAUCGUCCGACGGAAUCCGCGAGUGAGAGAUCCGGAUGCUUCGCAUUAUCGAAGAGUUCCAGGGGUGGUGGCAAACCUUGCUGAGUUCCACGCAAAGCGCGAUAUGAUCGUUAAGUAAGAUUUCUUGUCUUAAUCACUAAAAUAUUCCGUUUCACCGUAUCUACGUUCUCGAUCGACGAUGAUGACAGAUCUAACAUUACAAUGAAACGAAACAUACAAGAUGAUCAAGUUGAACAGCAGACUGGGGAAGGCGAGUACGAUCCCUUUGCCGAUCGCCCAUCCGCACCUUUGACCUCCGAUUUCGCUGUGUUCAUGCAUCUAGUGAAGUGCGCGAUUGGCACCGGGAUACUCUUUCUGCCGCACGCCUUCAGGAGGACCGGCUACGCGAUGUCCCUCGUCUGCGGUAUCGUCAUCGGAACGUUGGGCAUUCAUACCGCCAUAAUUAUCGUGCAGUGCUCCCAGGUGUUAUGCAGGCGCAAUCGCGUACCCAUGUUGGAUUUCGCCGAAACGGCGCAGUUCUCCUUCCAGGCGGGUCCGGAGAGGAUUCGAAAGUACGCCAGGCUAUUCGGUGUAGUUACCAACGUGAUCAUUUGCUUCGUGCACUUUCAGGCCGCCGUGAUAUACAUCUUGUACGUGGCGACGUCGUUCCAACAGGUGAUAGAAUUUUUCUCGGGGCUCGAGAUGGAUCCGCGUGUCUACAUCGUCAUCUUCUUUCCCUUCACCUGCGUCCUGGGCUUCGUGCCGAACCUGAAGUACCUGACGCCGUUUUCCGUUAUCGGCACUCUCUUCCUCUUCCUCGGGGUCUGCACCGCGUUCUACUAUUUCUUGGACGACGUGCCCGAUCCCCGUAGACUCAACGCUCUGACGGAGGUUCUACCUGUGCCAAUGUAUUGCGCCAUUUUCCUAUUCGCUUUGCACAACAUGACCCUGUACCUACCGCUGGAGAACACGAUGAGGCAUCCAGGUCAUAUGCCGCGCCUGAUUGUCGCUAGCACGUUGCUGAACAUCGUCACAUACCUGGCUUUCGGUUUUCUCGGCUACAACAAGUAUCUAGAUGCCUGCGACACCGUCAUCAAGAACUUACCAAUGGUGGAGACUCUGGCCCAAAUAGUCAAGAUAGCCAUUUCCUUGUCGGUGCUGUUCACUUUCGGAUUGGCGUACUACGUCCCGAUCAGCGUGCUGUGGCCCAUGAUCCGCGCGAGAAUCGCCACGAAGAGUUCGCUGCAUCAUCGAUUUUAUGAAAGUUCGCUCCGACUAGGCGGCGUAAUCGGCACCACGCUGCUGGCCAUCGCCGUGCCCCAAAUGGUACCCUUGCUGGGCCUCUUCUCCGCCUUGGGCAUAUCGACGAUGAUGCUGCUGAUACCCAUACUAAUCGAGACGUCGACCAAGUGGGCGGAAGCCACGAGGACGAUGCUCGCGAAGAACAUCGCUAUUUUCGUCGUGUGGCUGCUAAUCUUGAUUUUCGGGACGAUAGAGAGCACCUGGUCAAUUGUUAGAGAAUACAGCGGAAUAAAGCAGGAAGAAUGCUAGCUCGCUAAUCGACAGCUUAUCAAACUACUCGAGACGCUCUUAGAAAUUAUGCUUCUCGCGACAUUAUGAAAUGCGACACUCUACGCAAAUCAGCAUGAUGUCACUUGAGGAUGUCUCGCAGUUAGCCGCGAUAGUGGAUGAAGGACUUCUUAGAGUAGCGAAGCGAAAGGAUGAAAAAUGGAUGAGACACGCAAGAAGUUUUUUUAACAAUACUCUUGGCCGGACUUGCUUUCCCCGCACUGCGAUUCCCGGCACUGUGCACGGGAAGAAAUAACUCAUGCUCCCCGCUCGUUACGAGACCAUUUUAAUUAGCGUAGCUGGCAUCGCGAGGGUGACGUACGUAUCUCGGGUAACGUUCUUUUCCCGCGCGAUUUUCCCGCUUCUAAAUGCCUGAGAGAUCAACGUGACUGAUAUAUACUGACCGGUAUCAAGGGGCCCUUAAUUUCCGUAAAGAUUGGAAUGUGGCACUUGCGACAUUCCGGGGGAACACCUUCAAUUUCCCUCGGCCGGCGUUUACGUAACGCGCGGCGCGGCCGAGUGGAGCUGCGCCGCUUGUGAUGUGGAACAAGAGCGACAGGCCACAAUGAGAAACUGCACCGCGGCGCAACGACGGCGGUCCAGAGACCGCAGGUGGGAGACUGUGCCGGGGGCCUUCUUGCCGCGAGGACGAAGAGAGACGGCGAGCGCGCGCGUCUGGCGAACGGAAGGAGACAGGGCUAAGGUGAAAGGGAACGCGCGCGAGAUGCGGAGGUGCGAAUCGAGCUGAUUGCACAGUCGAAUAACCGACGUCCCUAUGGCUACGAAACACGAUCACGGUUACUCGACGUAGUUAUUCUUCAGGAGCCGGAGGUGUCGACAAUUUCCGAUCCGGCCCGUCUCGCGUUCGUUUUUACUUCGAUCUUCAAAGUGCCGUUAAUCAAUUAAUUACGCGGUCGCCGGCGCUCGAGCGAAGAUAAGCGCGCAAUGGGAUAGAGAAGCGGAAGCGGUACCGCAAGGAUUAGGUGGAGGGAAAAACGUGAAAGCGGAAAGCGAUUCGAUGGUUGUAUGUGGUCGACAUAAAGCGCUUCGAUAAUAUAAUUUCGUGAAUUCGUUGUUAUCGUCACACUGAUACCGUUGCCACUCUGUUUAUUGCUCAUUCAUGAAAACACAAACAUGUAUCCCAGAGAGAAUCUAAACGCUUAGUAAAUAUAUAGUCCACUUAAAUAUUUGUUUUCAAACAACUUUACAUUACAAUUUGCGUGCGCGUCACGUUCUACACGUUCGAUAUUUACCCCAUAGCUCCGAAAUAUUUUCGACUUUGUAAGUCCCAACCGAUUAGACGAUUUCUUUCUGAUUUGUGCCGAGAUUAAUACUUGACAACGAUUUCAGCAAUUAAAAAAAGUAAAGAAAUUAAACUAUUGUCCGCUCUUUUUUUUUCUAUUGUGCGUAAAAUUAAUUGUAGAUCUGAAAAGAUUUUACUUAGCUGUUAAUCGAAACGAUGUUAAUCCAUGAUAUUUAAAUCCUAAACAUCAUCGUCGUACGGAGCAAUAUUUUGCCUGCAACAUUGUCAAGUAAAUCCGUCGGCUUUGAUUCCCGGCCACACACCGUUUAUCGUGCGCACUCCAAAGUAACGUCGAAUCGAGUACAUUACAUGCUGUCACUAUCUACUCCCUCCCUUCCUGGUGUACUCGCACGAGUGAGGAAGCUCGUGCUCACGGUAGUUACUCACGUGUAUUGACUGUCCGUAUAUAUAUACCUGGCUAACGCCAAGGAAUUUGCCCAGUCGUGCGCGGUCUGUCACCGUUUCACGUUAAUUUCGCCUCGUUACUUCUCGUUAUUGCCUUCCUCUCGGCUUCAGUGGCAGACCGGAAAAACGCAGCCCACCAUCCCGCGGAAGCGGGACCAUCGACGGGAGAUUACUUGUCCAUCAUCCAUCAUCCGUCGGUCACACGGCGGUUUCGGACUAACAAUAAGAGAAGUCAUCAAUUUCCCGAAUGAUUACCGAAUCCUUCGCCGUGAGACUAAACCCCAUUACUAAAUCGCGGAAACGUGGCGAUAAUUUUCGAUAGAAAAUUUAAGGACAAGACCCACGGAUGAGUUAUUAGCUUCGAUUUAUCAUAGAGCCGCGAGAUUCUUCGUGGUGGAGUCGCGCACGAGUUUCCAUAGUCGCCGAAGUGAAAUCUGAUCGUCACCAAGCUGCGCGAGCGUGCGAUCUUCGAAUUAUUUCCAGUCUGCCCGAGAAAUUCGCGCGACGUAGAUUCGCGAUAUCAAGACGACACAGUGGCUACCGUUCAAUCGCCGUUGCAGAAGCUCUUUCGGU